GUGAGAUACCUGGUAGCAACAGAAGACUCCCAUCGUGCUGCUCUGGCUCUACAAGUCACCAACUUGUUGACACGUUCACUCUUCGCUCAAAAAUUAGGCUUCAAAGAUUUGCCUCAGUCAGUAGCUUUCUUUAGUGCAGUCGACAUAGAUUAUGUUCUUCGAAAAGAGCCUCAUCUAGACUGUGUUACACCUUCAAAUCCUGAAGGACUGAAUAAAGGAUAUGGAAUUCCUCCAGGAGAGGCACUUGAUAUGCAGAAAAUUCUUGAAAUUACCUCAGGUAUUCUCCAGAAGAAUGAAGAGGAUGCCAGAUGAUAGUGUCAAUUUACUAAUAGUAGUUGGACACUUGAACUUCACUGUCUGCCAGACUAAUUUAUUGGACUGCGACGAGAAGCAUCAGGUGUGGUAUAUGAUCAGUUUUUUACGCUGCAGUGGUUGGUGCACCUCCAUCAUUCUGGAAAUUCCUAUAAUGCACAUUCACAUGAGAUAUCUCAAGCAUAGUGACUAUAGGCAGAGUGUAAGUUUGCACACCAAAGAAGUGGUUCCAAGAUGUCAGAUUGCAGUUAUUUAAAAACAAAAAAAUGUAUAUGAAGGAUUACAAAAUAUAUAUAACAUAUUUUAUAUUAAUUUUAACUUUUUUUCCCCUUUUUUUCCACAAUACUUUCCUUAUCUGGGGGCUUUGCCCCCAGCCUCGCUCUAUUGCUACAUUUGUAUAUGCUGCUAAUGACCAUAGAUGUUGAUGUGGCAGAAUUUUUAAAAUAAAUAAAUAAAUAUCUUACAAUGCUAAUGAAUCCUUUAAAAUGUUCCUGGAUCCAAAUCCAGAAUGUCAUCUGUGUUGGGUAAGACACACUCAAGUAAAAACUUCAUAAAAAUAAAAUCCUGCGCAGGAUCUGGAGCAUGAUUUGGAUCACCACCAAACUUUAAUGGCAUCUAAGUUGGGCUGAUGGUUAAUGGUUAAUGGUUUGAAACAAAUAUGUGUGCUAGACAUCAAAGGUCAUAUAGGAUUAUGGUAAAGUAUUGUGGCAAAAAGGGUAAAGAAGAAUUUAAGAUUAGGAGAGAAUGUGUUAGAUGUCUAAGAUUAGAGAGCAUUAUAGGAUAGUAUGGUAGUGAAAAAGGUAAAGAGGGGAGCAAAUGAAUAAAGCAGAGAUU